CCAAGUAUCUUAGUGUAUCCAAAUCUACCAACACCAAGCCACAAAUUGUUCAUGUGGCUGCUGUGAAAGUUUUGCUCACUCACUACUUUUAUAAUUCAUUUCAUCAUUUUCACCAAAUUAUAUGCUUUUUUUUUCUAAGAACAAAAUAAAAAAUUAAGAGAUUUGUCCUUUAAUUUUGGCUAAAAAAAUGGCAACCACAGUUGCUACUUCUCUCCCUCAAUUCAAUGGGCUCAGACCCCAGAUCUCAUCUACUCCUGUCAGAACUCUGGCUGCAGUUCAGCCAAUGAAACGUAAGGGCAAGGGUGCUUUGGGUGCUCGAUGUGAUUUCAUUGGUUCUCCAACAAAUUUGAUAAUGGUGACUAGCACAACUCUAAUGUUGUUUGCUGGAAGGUUCGGGCUAGCCCCAUCUGCUAACCGAAAGGCGACAGCUGGGUUGAAGCUCGAGACAAGGGACUCCGGUCUGCAGACCGGUGACCCGGCCGGUUUUACCCUUGCUGACACUUUGGCUUGUGGUACAGUUGGGCAUAUUAUUGGUGUUGGGGUUGUUCUUGGCCUCAAAAACAUUGGUUCCCUGUAAAAAAAUUAAAAUAUUGUGCAAUUUUAUGUACUUGAGUUGUAAAAACUGUUUUUUUAUGUCUAGUCCAAUGCUUUUUUGUUACCUA